AUGGCCCCAGGAUCAGAAGCUUCUCGUUCUUUAAAAUCUACUGAUGUCGCACAUAAAAGCACACCUCCAAUACCGGAAGAAGAACCAAAAGACGAAGGGGCAUUCACCAGUUCCGCAACUCCAGCAAACAAAUCAGAACAAGGGGAACUCUUAUCUAGUUGUACGCAAUUCCAGGUCACAGACGGUGGGCUGCAGCCUGAUCAUCUUUUGAGGUUAGCUUUUGAGGCUGGUAAUGAAGUACCAGAUUCAUUGCGCCCUUCCAAUGUAGCCUUAACCUCGAUGCCACGUCCCUCCAUUGCCCCAUCCCCUCAAGAAUCAUUGCCACACACCACGCCAGCUCCAUCAGAAAGCCCUAUUUCUGCUCCAAAAGCUGUGAAUGUGUUACCUGCCAAGGACAAUACACAUUCACUAAGUGCACCCUCUACGCCUCGACCUUCCAUCCUUCCAAGGCCGGUUCCCAGACGCACUACGACAGCACAAUCUCUAGAGGCACUCCCACGAGCCAUCACCUCGCCACCGCUCCCCUCCCACAAAACAUCUACCGCCCCCCUUCCGAAGCCCUAUGUCCCCAACUUUGGCCCCACCACCUAUACAAUUCCUCAGUACGCCACAGUCAGCCAGCACUCCCCUCCUAUGGACCAGGUACUAUCUGGCAGCGAGCAGCCUGUCCGCUUGGAAUCUUCCCCAGUGGAUGCCUGCAGUAAGAAAACCAAGGACCAUCGCAAAGAAAAUUCUUUGAUUGAAGACAUGUAUCUAAGUGUUGAUAUGGAAAUGGAGUUAAGCGGCGAGAACACAAUUUCAAAGGAAGACUGUGGUCAUGCAGAACUGGCGCAAAAUAUCAGUGAUCACCCUCUCCGUGUGUCGUUGGAGGGUGUUGAUGCCGAUGUCAUGCACCAAAGUUGA